AUGACGUGUGUUACUGCUUUUAUCCCGCUCAGAGGAAACCAGGUGACUGAGUCUUUCAGAGUCUAUCUUGACCGUUUGGUUGCUAAGGACAUGCACUUCCACAUCUAUGUUGAUCAGCGUCAGACGCGACCAUUUGACGAGAUAGUGUUAUACUCUGGAUGGUUGCCCUACAAAUCGCAUCUCACUGCCCCACAUCUAUCCGAGUGCGUCAUGCGGAAGUUCGGCUACACUCAAAUCAUUCUCAGACACCCUAUUGUCUAUGCACCUCUUGCCUUGAUACGUAGACAUAUAAAGGACAUGUUUGAUGAUUAUGACAGUCAUAUGAUACCGGAGACGGCAUGGGCUACCAUAGCUGAGAGCGACUGGAGCUACGUCGACGGGUACAUCAGAUGGUUCUUUAGGGUGUCACAUCCAUAUAUGGUGCAUGCUGCUCCAGGAGAUACGCCGAGACUAGUUCAUCAGGAUAUACUUGAGGAGGAGCAAGCACAAUUAUGUCAUGUUGAGGAUGUCUCGCCUAUGUAUUGUAGCAUAGUGGAGAUUACGCGUACAUACAUUGACAGAGGUAUCUUCUCUGAUGGGUCUAAUGUAAGGCAGGUCCUAGAUGCCAUCAUAACGGAGGCACGAGGGGCAUUGUUGUAUCAGAGACAUCGUUGGAGGACAGAGGGAUUGAUGGCUGAGAGGUAG